GGCGCGCCGCGGCCAGGACAGACCAGUUCAGCUCUACGGGCCGCCUCCUUCGCACCAUCCUCCAGCGGUCGGUUCACACCGUUCGCACAGUGACUGUCAGCAGGUUGUGGCAGACGCACUUCUCCAGAACACUGAACAUCUACAGAUUCUCACCGAUCCGAACCAGCUUACCUAUCCAGCACAAGAGACAAACUUCAGCGGAUUAUCUCCUAAAGAGUAUCCGUCCAAAUCCGAAACACUCUUCACUCAUCUUCUACGUCAUCUCAAAAACCUCCACUGUUUUCUCCAUUCUGCAACCAUGCCCGCCUGGAGUACCGCGCGUGAGGCUCUGGGCCUACAGGAGGUCAUCGCCAACAAGGACCUGUGGAAGGCGCUGCUGGCAGAGUUCGUGGGCACGCUGUUCCUGGUGUUCCUUGGCUGUCUGACUACCAUCGGCUGGCAGGACGAGGGCUACGCGCCGUCCAUGGUGCAGAUCGCCAUCGGCUUCGGCAUCACAGUGGCCACCAUGGCACAGAGUAUCGGUCACAUCAGCGGGUGUCACAUCAACCCUGCCGUGACGGUGGCCAUGUUUGUGACGCGUAACAUCCCGCUGUUCCGUGCCGUCUGCUACAUCGUGAUGCAGUGCCUGGGAGGCACCGCCGGAUCGGCGCUGCUGAAGGCGCUGACUCCGGAGGGCAUCCAGGGCUCUCUGGGCAUGACCCAGGUGCACCCGGAGCUGACGGCCGCGCAGGGGUUCGGCAUCGAGGUGCUCAUCACCUUCGUCCUGGUGUUCGUCGUGUUCGGUGUCUGUGACGAGAAGAGGACAGACGUGCUCGGCGCCGGGCCGCUGGCCAUCGGACUGGCCGUCACCACGUGCCACGUGGGAGCGCUGAAGUGCACCGGUGCCUCGAUGAACCCGGCGAGGUCGUUUGGACCUGCCGUUGUCACCGGAAUCUGGGCUAACCACUGGGUGUUCUGGGCGGGCCCGCUGCUGGGGGGCCUCCUGGCCGCCGUUCUGUACUCGGUGGCGUUCCGCGCCGACCGUCUGGGCUCUCCUCGCUCGACAGGGGACGAGAGCAAGCCGGAGAAAUACGAGCCCUAGACUCGGCCAGGUGUACUGGGUCGGACCGAUCCUGGGCGGAGUCCUGGCCGGAAAACUCUACAAGGACAAUUUCAUGGCGGAGAAGCUCGGAGCCCAGCCGCCGCACCGCUCUGUCGACCGGAGGGAGCUCCGCUGUGCGGAGUGUGCCAUGCUGCUGCCGCCUCUCCGCUCUGUGGGCGACCGGACCUCCCUGCCGCACAUCGACGACCCGCCGGCCGGACUGUAGGUGGCGCCAGGAGUCUGCUCAACAUGUUAUAGGUGGCGCCAGGAGUCUGUUCGAUGUUAUAAAUGGCGCGCUGAACGUCUACCGGUCCCAUGGCUCUAAGUCAAAUUAAAAAUACUUAUAUGCUACAUUGCUACACCAGAAGGUGCAUUUCCUGAAGCUACUCUCAACAUGCCUCAAAAAAAUUUGCUGACUUAUCGAAUCACUAUUGAAACUUAGAUGGCUCAGGCUGUAAAAUGGUUCGUCUCGGUAAUCCGUUCGUUUGUAACAGUUUGUAUCUAGCAUAUUCCCUGAUCAGUUGGCAUUCGUCACCGUCUGCAUCAGACUACCUACAUGCGUAAUGUGUAUGUGUUUACUAGGCAACGCCCGAUUCUUCGGACCCGUGUGUGCUCAACUGUAUCAGUUCAUGAUGACGCAGCGUAGUUUCAAUUUUUGUGUUUCACUGGCAGCUUAAUUACACGCGCUGGCCAUUCCUGACUUGACAGUAGGUAGUCCACAGUUUGUCGUUCGUAUCAUCUGGAAAGAUAUAUGAAGUUUAAUAUGAAGUUAAUUUCUUUUAAAUGGUUCAUGCUAAACGACAUAGUUCAGUUCAACAAUGUAAUGGUAAUUGACAUCCAAUGGAUGUGUGUGCUCGUCCGGCUUGGACCCAUUGUGGAUUUUCCCCAUUUAAUACUUGGUAGGCGUAGGUAGCUGUAGCGAAUAGGGGACCUUGAACUAAGGCAUAAUACUUAGAGACGUCAGCGCAGGAUAUCUAUGCGUCGGAUCGUCAGAAUUAGUGGAUCAGUUUCGGUUGGAACGGUGCAGAAGGCUGCUCGAAAGCGAUAAAUAUACUAUUACAAACCAACUCUGCUUGUUUCGUCGCGAAAAUGUUACAAUGACUGAUGCACAAUACAGCUGAGCAUACA